UCGACUCUCCGUCCCAAUUCCGAUUGCGGCUGCGGAUUCGGAAAUGGCGCUCGUGGCCCAGUGCUGGAAGCGGCUCCUCGCCGGCGGAGGCGGCGCGGCCGCCCCUCCGCCGCUCCUCCACCGCGUCUACGCUGCGAGAUCCUACAGUCGGGCCCAGUAUGAAGUGAAGGUGGGGAUCCCGGAGUUCUUGAAGUUGGUGGGAAAUGGGGUGGAGGGCCACGCCGCGAAGCUGGAGGCCGAGAUCGGGGACUUCCAGAAGCUUCUCGUCACGAGAACCCUUCGCCUCAGGAAGCUCGGCAUCCCUUGCAAACACAGGAAACUGAUUUUGAAAUACACUCAAAAGUAUAGGCUGGGACUCUGGAGACCUCGAGCUUCGAACUGACCCUCCAAGACCAUGAUCAGCUUAAUUUUAAAGUUUGAAGCAACCACUUUGAAAGUAAUAUCUAGCUGUUUGUUUCCAACUAGAAUGCAUGUGAGGCACUAGGUAUUUUUUGUGUUAUGUCAGCCAGUCAGAAUACUUUCUGGUGAAAAAAAGUAUAAGUAUUAUUUUAUGAUCACAAGUUGCCAAUUUGACUGAAUAAUUUUUCCAUAUGAAGUAUGUUUUGUCAACUCAAUUUCUUGGAGUAUGGCGACUGUUCAGGCAAUUUGAUCGUUGGAGUGCCGUCAAGGUCUAUUUGGCCUGGGUUCAGUCUUUUACAGUUAACCUUAUAAAAUUUGUAUGGGU